AUUGCAGAGAGAGAGAGAGAGAGAGAGGAGAGAGGCUUGUGCUGUGCUGAAGUACGCCUAAGCCAAUUUUGUUCUCCUAAUCGGCUGCCAUUACUGACUUCAACAAACUCAAAUUUGUCCAUUCAUCUUCAUCUUCCUUGGCUAUUAACUCUUAUCAGUUUGCUUUCACUCACAGUUUCCACCUUAACGCUCAAACAAUCAUUGAACACCAUUUUCCUUCAAUCAAACAAUACUACAACAUUUGGUAAAACCCAACUCCUUGCAACCAAACAAAGCCUUCGACGUUUUCAGAAGCUAUUUGGAUUCGUCCCUUUUAUUCAGAUGCUGUUCGCUUCAAUUUUCAGCUUUGAUCUGUUUUGGGAAAGACGAUAGGUCUACAGGAAUCAUGUCGAGACCAAUGCUGCUUGUCUUUCUGUUGCUGAUACUGAUUAUUACAUCCCAAUUUGAAUGGAGACAGCAAAUAGUAAAUGACAUGGACACAAAUACGGCGGUGUCUCAGAAGCAACAACAGAUCUCGAAAAGGGAGGAAGGUGUCAAAGAAAAGAUCAUCUUGUCACAGGAAAAGAGCAUCCAGAAACUGAAUGAGGUUGUUAAGAAUCUUAGGGAACAGCUACAGCAAUGUCGGAGCAGUAAUGCCACUUUCACCUCUUUGUCUGAAACUGAGCGCCAACUAAUUCUAGACGACUGAACCCCUUGUAUCCAAUGUCUUCUAUUUACAAUAAGGCUUGUGUAGGAGUUUGUCUUCAAGUUCAAACCACUUUAUUCUAAUCAAAAGUACCCAUUGUGUUCUUGUGUGUUAAUUUAAAGGCAAAAACUUGGGUA